GUACUGGACAUCACUGAGCAAUCUGGUGGCAUCGCUGCUCAACUCCAUCCGUUCCAUUGCCUCUCUGUUGCUGCUGCUCUUUCUUUUCAUUGUCAUCUUUGCCCUGCUGGGCAUGCAGCUCUUUGGAGGCAGAUAUGACUUUGAAGACACAGAAGUACGGCGUAGCAACUUUGACAACUUCCCCCAGGCCCUCAUCAGUGUCUUUCAGGUCCUGACAGGAGAAGACUGGAACUCUGUGAUGUACAACGGGAUCAUGGCCUACGGAGGCCCGUCCUACCCUGGAGUGCUUGUGUGCAUUUACUUCAUCAUCCUUUUUGUCUGUGGCAACUACAUCCUGCUCAAUGUCUUCCUGGCUAUCGCUGUGGACAACCUGGCAGAGGCAGAGAGUCUAACAUCCGCCCAGAAGGCCAAGGCUGAGGAGAGAAAGCGCAGGAAGAUGUCUAAAGGGCUCCCGGACAAGUCGGAAGAAGAGAAGUCCACCAUGACUAAGAAGCUGGAGCAGAAGUUCAAAGGUGAAGGCAUCCCCACCACUGCCAAGCUGAAAAUCGAUGAGUUCGAAUCUAACGUCAAUGAGGUGAAAGACCCCUACCCUUCUGCUGACUUCCCAGGGGACGAUGAGGAAGAUGAGCCCGAGAUCCCAAUAAGCCCCCGACCACGCCCUCUGGCCGAGCUGCAGCUGAAAGAGAAAGCAGUGCCCAUUCCAGAGGCCAGCUCCUUCUUCAUCUUCAGUCCCACCAAUAAGAUCCGUGUCCUUUGCCACCGCAUUGUCAAUGCCACCUGGUUCACCAACUUUAUCCUGCUCUUCAUCCUGCUCAGUAGUGCUGCACUGGCCGCUGAGGACCCCAUCCGGGCUGACUCCAUGAGGAACCAGAUCCUUGAGUAUUUUGAUUAUGUGUUCACUGCUGUUUUCACCGUGGAGAUUGUCCUUAAGAUGACCACCUAUGGAGCCUUCCUGCACAAAGGCUCCUUCUGCCGCAACUACUUCAACAUCCUGGACCUGCUGGUGGUAGCCGUGUCGCUCAUCUCCAUGGGGCUCGAGUCCAGCGCCAUCUCCGUGGUGAAGAUCCUGAGAGUUCUGAGGGUGCUGCGACCACUCCGAGCCAUCAACAGAGCCAAAGGCUUGAAGCACGUGGUACAGUGUGUGUUUGUUGCCAUCCGCACCAUCGGGAACAUUGUGCUGGUCACCACCCUCCUACAGUUCAUAUUUGCCUGCAUCGGAGUCCAGCUUUUCAAGGGAAAGUUCUAUAGCUGCAAUGACUUAUCCAAGAUGACUGAAGAGGAGUGCAGGGGCUAUUACUACAUAUACAAGGAUGGAGACCCCACACAGAUAGAGCUGCGUCCCCGCCAGUGGACACACAACGACUUCCACUUCGACAACGUACUCUCAGCUAUGAUGUCACUCUUCACGGUCUCCACCUUUGAGGGUUGGCCUCAGCUGCUGUACAAGGCCAUAGACUCCAAUGAGGAGGACACGGGCCCCAUCUACAACAACCGAGUGGAGAUGGCUAUCUUCUUCAUCAUUUACAUCAUCCUCAUUGCCUUCUUCAUGAUGAACAUCUUUGUGGGUUUUGUCAUCGUCACCUUUCAGGAACAGGGGGAGACUGAGUAUAAGAACUGUGAGCUGGACAAGAACCAGCGCCAAUGUGUACAGUAUGCCCUGAAGGCCCGCCCACUGAGGUGUUACAUCCCCAAAAACCCAUACCAGUAUCAGGUGUGGUACGUUGUGACUUCCUCCUACUUUGAAUACCUGAUGUUUGCCCUCAUCAUGCUCAACACUAUCUGCCUAGGCAUGCAGCAUUACAACCAGUCGGAUCAGAUGAAUCACAUCUCAGACAUUCUCAACGUGGCCUUCACCAUCAUCUUUACCCUGGAGAUGGUCCUCAAGCUCAUAGCAUUCAAGCCCAGGGGCUAUUUUGGAGAUCCAUGGAAUGUGUUUGACUUCCUGAUCGUCAUUGGCAGCAUCAUUGAUGUCAUCCUGAGUGAGAUCGAU